GGACCAGGGAGCCCUGCCUGCCGGCGGAGCAGCGCUGGCUCCCCCGGGGCGGGCGCGGGGCGCGGGGGGCGGAGGCUGCCGCGGCCCCGGCUUCGGCUCCCCCCGCCGGGGGCUCGGCUGCGCUCGGCUCCUCGGCCCCGCCCGGCUCCGGUCUCACUGCGGCGGAAUCGCGGAGGCGCCGCCAUCCCGGGGCAGAUGCAGGCGAUCAAGUGUGUGGUGGUGGGAGACGGGGCUGUGGGGAAGACCUGCCUGCUGAUCAGUUACACCACUAAUGCCUUCCCUGGAGAGUAUAUCCCCACUGUGUUUGAUAAUUACUCUGCCAAUGUCAUGGUGGAUGGGAAGCCAGUGAACCUGGGUCUCUGGGAUACAGCAGGGCAAGAGGACUAUGACCGAUUGCGGCCCCUCUCCUACCCUCAGACGGAUGUCUUCUUGAUCUGCUUCUCCCUGGUGAGUCCAGCCUCAUUUGAGAAUGUCCGAGCCAAGUGGUACCCAGAGGUCCGGCACCACUGUCCUAAUACUCCCAUCAUCCUGGUGGGCACCAAGCUGGACUUGAGGGAUGACAAGGACACCAUUGAAAGGCUGCGUGAUAAGAAACUGGCCCCCAUAACCUAUCCCCAGGGCCUGGCCAUGGCACGGGAGAUUGGGUCAGUGAAGUAUCUUGAGUGCUCAGCCCUGACACAGCGGGGCUUGAAGACAGUGUUUGACGAAGCUAUCCGUGCUGUGUUGUGCCCCCCACCUGUGAAGAAGCCUUGCAAGAAGUGCACUGUGUUCUGAGGAUGUUGGCGAGGUGCUGACUCAGCAUGUCCUUGUCAUCCUCCUCCAACAGAUUGAGUGUUCACUGGGUGCUUCUGGAGGGGGCUGUGAUGUGUGGGGCCCUUCAUCAUGUACGAAGUCAGUGUUUUUUAAAUGUCUCUUUGAUUUAACGUCAGUGUUGAUGUGAAGGGGCAGUGGGGGCGGGAGGUUAGGUGGAUGCCGUGCAGCCCCUAGGGGAGGAGCAGGGGGCGUGGCGCAGGGUAGCUCCCUGAGAUAGUGAGGUGCAGCUCUCCUUAACUUCAAGUUGAAGAGGCUAAGACACCCAUUCUGUGAUGGAAGCACCUCUGCUUGCAACGCACAGGGGGAGACAGGUGGGAAGAAUCCCUAAGGGGGGGGGUAGGGACCAUUGUGUGAUAGUUUGUGAAUGACAAAACCAGCUGGAAGGGUAGCGGGGCCUCCUCACCCCAGCACAUUGCUGGUGAUACUUAACUAACCGGUGCUCUAAGGAGAUGUGCCAGAGGCUUAUGGGAGCCAAAUAACUAACUCCAGGAGUGGUGAAAAUAAGCAGAAGACAGAGGCUGAAGGAAUUACUAUUAGCUUUAUUGAGUACUAAUCACUAGUCAAGCUCAGUGAGUGAAACCGUCCUGUGCAUUUAGUGCCCUUUAGGGCACUAUCUUGGGCGCUGUUCCCUGCCCAUCAGUCAUGGCAGAAGGAUGUUUAGCAGGGGGCCUCUCCGCCCUCAUCCAGUCUCUGCAGAGCAGGGCUGAGGUUGUUGCCUCUUUUUUCUAUCAAAACCCAUAAAAGAGGCAGUGAGGAGUCUGGUAGCUACUCCCUCCCUUUCCCGCUGGGAGUAUGGUGCUGGGCUUUAUCGGUUUGGAUGGAGCAGGGAGAGCUUUUGAAGGUUUUUGGGGGGAGAGGGUCAGAACAAAGACAGGUCCUGUUUCUAAUCAUCAUGUAGAGUGACAAGAUAAACACCUCUUAUUUUGGUACAAUAAACAUUCUCCAUGAA